AUGCCAAUGGAACUACUUGCUGCUGCUGACAAAUAUCAGGUGGAUUGUCUUAAAAAUAUUUGUGAAGAAACAAUAUGCAAAUCGAUAGAUUUGGAUAAUGUUGCAAAUUUACUUGUUCGUUCUGAUAGAUAUACUCUCAAAAAACUCAAUCAAAAAUGCUUCGAAUUUAUGAAAAAAAAUUUACGAGAUGUUAUGGCAAAUAAAACAUUUCAAUCUUACAAAAAAAAAUAUCCUGAAAUUUUUGUAGGUGCUCUUGAGGAAUUGCUGUUGUCAGCAGAUUCAGUUAACUAUACAAUUGAGCAAGUCAUAAACUAA